AUGCUUCAAAACUUUAAAAUUUUUGCGAAGAAAAACUGCGAAUUAUUUGUCGAGACUGUGUACAUCAGAGGCGUUGGAAACCUCAAGAAAUCUACUAAUAUAUUUUUCACAGUGUUUUGGACAGUCGCCAUCGUUUUAUCUUUCGUCUGUUUGUUGACGCAAAUAAUUCUGCUAUCAAGAAAUUAUUUCCGCUACCCCUACAGCACCAUCGUCGAAGAAAGUGAGGACAAACCUACUUUUCCGAAAAUUACAAUCUGCAAUUUGAAUCCGAAAUAUGAUCAGCUUAGUUAUUCUUACAAAGAAUUUGUAAGCGAAAUUAAAAAAUCAACAGCUCAUCUUGAUUACAAAAAAUUAAAUGUCACCAAAGACAAAGUGGAGAACUUGUUGAACAAACUUCAAAAACCAGUCGGUUAUUUCUCUAACUUGCCAGUGGUUCUUAGCACAAACGACACCUCAUAUCAGCGUGUCAUCAUAACGGACAAAAGAGUGUUUGAUUGGAAUCUCCAAAAUGUGGCCGAAGAAUUAGUAAUUGAGCCAAAAUGGCAUCCAUUUUACUAUCGUUGUUACACAAUUGGCCUAUCUGCUAAUUCUGCAUUUAAAAAUUCCGUGGGUGCAGUAACCUUAGUUAUUUAUUUAAAUAAUUUUGUUGACUACGUUUACCCGGGUACAUACGGUGCUGGGCUGGUGUAUUCGAGAGCUAAUGGUCUGAAAGUGCUGGUACAUGAUUCGGAAGAGGAACCAGAUAUGAAGAUGGGAUUUAGCGUUGGUCUAGGGAGAGAACAUACUAUUAAGAUGCAAAUGAUGAAUAUAACAAUGUUGCCAUAUCCUUACCAAACAUUAAAAUGUCAUAAUGAAAAAUAUGUAAAUGCCUCAAAUGUAGGAUUUUAUUCCAAAUCUCUGUGUAAAGAGCACUGCAUUCAAUCUUUCACACUGCAGAAGUGUAGUUGUCUCUCAAGCGGAUAUCGUUUUACUGAAGAACAACUUGCCCAAGCCAACGAAACAAUUUGUGGGAAUGUGACAAAAAGUAUUUUGCAAAAGAAAACAAGCACUGAGAUACCCCAGUUUAUAUCUCAACUUUUGUGUAGUGAUUCUGUUCAAGUUGAUAAUAUCUGCGACGAGGAGUGUUUUCAUCCGUGCCAAGAGAUUUCUAUUCACAACAAUUGUGAAUCCGCACCUUGGCCCAAAGAAUCGCACCAUAUGGCAUUUUAUAAACAGAACAUUCAAAAUUCUUCCAUUCCUAACGUUGAAAAAUUUGUUGAUUAUAGAAAUCUUCAAAUGGAUUAUUAUAACGGCAGAAAAAAUGAUACUCAAAUUCUUAAAGAGUUGAAGAAUUUGAAUCUAAUUAAAGAAAAUUUUGUCCAAAUCAUCGUCAUAUUUGAAACAGAUUUUACUCUCAAUUACAAAGACGAAGGGUCAUUGAGUCUGACAAUGUUGCUAUCCUCCCUCGGUGGAAUCAUGAGUUUGUGGCUGGGACUGACGGUCAUGACUCUAUUCGAAAUUUUUGAAUUCAUUUGUUUGCUGGUCAAACUCAAAGUCGAUAAAAGAAAUUUGGCUAAAACAUCAAACAAAAUCGAAGCAACAAAUGAUUUGAAAGAGGACUGA